GUGUGCGCGCGCGCGUGUGUGCGCAGAUCAAGCACAGGGUGUCCUCGCUCUGCUCGGAGAGCUGGUAAACUCCAACUUUGUCUGGGCUGGCGGCGUUCGGCACUUUGUGCAGAUGGGGAACGAUUUAACUGGAGCAUAGACUUUGAUUCUGGGGAGCUCUGUUACAUUAAAGAUGACAGCAUGAGUGGUGCCAUGUGCUUAUAAGAAAUCCCCCUGCACGUUUUAAGAGUCAUCACAUUUCCGUGCGUGCACUCGGCGGCAAAUCUUUCCGCUCUGCGAGGUAGCGGCGGCUGCGGUUCUAUUUUUAGAAACAAUGUUGCGGCAGGGGAAUCAAUCAAACUGGCGCUAAAUCUUUGCAUUCAUGACAAUCUUCUGCUGUUAGUGAUGCAGUCUUAAUGCAUUCCUGCCUGCGCUUGCUGCGUUAUAGGACAGGAUGGUGCAUUUUUAUCUCAGCUGAUGCCAAAUUCCAAAUGAUGCCUUUCCCCCUAACGCUCUCCAGGAACGCACACCGGUGGACUGCAAACUUUUAUACCAUGGAAUCCAACGCACUCUGUGGCGAGAGUGGCUGCAAUGCUUUUGGGACCUCAUGUAGUUUUGGGUUUUUUAGCAGUACUGGAAUUUCUAAAGAACUGCACAAUUUGGGAUGUAAAUGAGAAUUCUCUGAUGUCAAAGGACUGAAGGGACUGAUAAUCGCCAAGCACACGUUUUUUCUCUUUUACUUCUGAGUGCACAUUUUUGCUGGCCCUUAUGGGAAUUAAGCACUCGUCCCGCUGCAUGCUCCUCAGGAGAAAAAUGGCGGAGUCUGAGAACACUGAGCAACCACAGUCGCAACCAGAGCCCAUCCGCAUAAUUCCAUCGCAGUCGGCACAGCCAACCGCGUUACCCAAGCCUGUGCCUUCUAUCCAGCAUGCGCCUCGGCCUCCUCUUCCACCGCACACGCCCCACGCCGCCAGCCUCCCUAGCUGUCCAGGGAGGGGUAAGAUGGCCAAGUUUCUCAACCCAGAGGAGAUGACCUCGCGAGACUACUACUUUGACUCCUAUGCCCACUUUGGCAUUCAUGAGGAAAUGUUGAAGGAUGAAGUGAGGACACUCACCUACAGGAACUCCAUGUACCACAACAAGCACAUCUUCAAGGAUAAAAUAGUGCUGGACGUUGGAAGCGGGACUGGGAUCCUUUCUAUGUUUGCAGCCAAAGCAGGGGCAAAGCAUGUAUAUGGGAUUGAGUGUUCCAGUAUAUCGGAGUACUCCGAGAGGAUCAUCAAGUCCAACCACCUUGACAGCGUUAUCACCAUUUUCAAAGGCAAGGUUGAGGAAGUGGAGCUUCCUGUUGAAAAAGUUGACAUCAUCAUAUCUGAAUGGAUGGGCUACUGCCUCUUCUAUGAAUCCAUGCUCAACACUGUCAUCUUUGCCAGGGACAAGUGGCUGAAACCUGGUGGAUUAAUGUUUCCUGACCGGGCCUCCCUGUAUGUGGUGGCCAUAGAGGACAGGCAGUACAAAGACUUCAAAAUACACUGGUGGGAGAACGUGUAUGGCUUUGACAUGACGUGUAUCCGUAAUGUGGCCAUGAAGGAACCCCUGGUGGACGUAGUAGACCCCAAACAGGUGGUGACCAACUCCUGCCUGGUCAAGGAAGUGGACAUCUACACAGUAAAACCUGAGGACCUGUCCUUCACAUCAUCUUUUUGCCUGCAGAUCCAGAGGAAUGACUACAUCCACGCACUGGUCACUUACUUUAACAUUGAAUUUACUAAGUGUCACAAGAAGACAGGUUUUUCCACAGCUCCAGAUGCUCCAUACACCCACUGGAAGCAGACAGUAUUUUACCUGGAGGACUAUUUAACAGUCCGAAGAGGAGAAGAGAUCGUUGGCUCAAUUGCUAUGAAGCCCAAUGAGAAAAAUGUUCGUGACUUAGACUUCACCUUUGAGCUGGAUUUCAAAGGGCAGCUGUGUGAAGCAGCCAUAUCCCAUGACUACAAGAUGCGUUAAGUUUCACUGCGGGGACAUUGGUGCCCCGCUGAGUGCAACUCCUGAGCACCAGAGGGAGACAAAGACGCUCUCAUGACCACAGACAGAUGCACAGCGGGACCGAGACUCACAGAGGAAGAAAUUAGACCGGGCUAAAGACCCGGUUUAGCUGGCACCACUGACAAUAUCAAUAUGGUUGCUACUUGUAUGAUGAAGGCAGGAUGUUGACUGUUAAGCAAUUCUGAAUGUAACUCUGACAAAAUGUGUUAAGAAACUGUUCUAGUCUUGAUGAAUGUUAAUUACUGACGUAAGUAUAUGUGAGAUGGAGUGACGUACUUGUGUGUUUUCUUCAGUAUUUGUUUUUCCACACUAACCCGGACCUUAUGGAGCGAUAUUUGGCAUUUUUAAAAUACAGUAAUGAGUUACUCUAAUGUCCACAUUCUGUUACAGUAGAGAAUACAUUUAAUUUUUUAAAUGUCAUGUACUGUAGCAAAUGGUUACCAGUAAAAUGAUUUAUUUAUUGUUGUAUCAGUUUAGCAAUGCGAGAAAAACUAGAAGCGACUGAACACCACAGCCAGGACAAAGAAACGUGUAAUGUGAAAGGUAAUGUGUUUGCAUAGUCAGUGUAGUAGUGGUUUACAGUGCGUGUAAAAUAGAAGGUGUCAAAGUUCACACUGUUAAACUGCUUUGGGUAUCCGGUGUGCUUUGUGUUGUCAGUUCGAGCUGUGAUGUUGACCUGCCAAAAACAUACUUUUUCCAUCCUAAAUGCCUUGACCAAGUGCCGAAGUGUACCUAGUUUUGUUCCACACUGCUGAGUUUAGCUUCUUACAGUGGUUUCAUAUGUAGACACAAGCCACUCUUAUUCUGUUGAUUUAAGAUUAAGCAGUUCUUCAAAUCUAGCCUCAAGCCAUUUACUAUAUGCCUGAGCAUAAUUCAUGUCAAGGAAUCAAAGGAAAGCCUGCGUAACUCAUACUGUUAAUAAUGCAGCUGGAUCCUAGACAGACAACAAAGAAUUAUUACAAAGGGAGUCAAUAAAAUAUUGAUGACCUGCUUUAGUUAUAUCCCAAUAUCUUGGCUUCAACCAAACUGACGGAUACUGAGGUUUCUUCUAGCAAACGUACGGACCACAAGAUAUGGUUCUUUGGUUUUUACCUCAGGCUCCCCCUGCAUUGCACACUUUUGAUUCACACUGGAUUCAGUGUACUGAUGGGGAUCUUUUCAUUUCCCUGUACUCUUACUACAGUCAUUGCCAAGGUACCCGGUGAAGAAUUUAUUCAGUAAAGAUCUGCAGAUAUUUUACAUAUCUGAAACCUUGCAUUAGUGCUCCGGAUCGCCUCACGCGUCACAGAUCUUGAUAUUGCCAAAUCCAGCCUCCAUUCUUAAAACACACAGAUGCCCUUACUUAGGGCUGGGCGAUAUGGCCUAAAAUUCAUAUCGCGAUAUAAUUUGAAGCAUGUGCGGUAACGAUAUAUAUCACGAUAUAUUCUU